ACUAAUUCACUGUUCAAGGUACUGCUACCAGAACCUCUCACCCAAUUCUAUAGCUUCAUCGUCUCCAAUUCAAGCUGCCAUGCAUAAUUUGUAGUGUUGAUUGCCAGAGCUAUCCAUGGUGAGUUUGUGAUUUUUGGGGUUCAAUCUAUUUUGGCUUUUGUUGCUCUAUUUAAUUUCAAAGAGGUACUACCUUGAUGGAAGUCUGAAGCUAUCAUUAUUUGAAUUUACAUGUAGAUUUAUAUCUAGAUCUAUGUUUAUAAAUGUAUGAUAAUUUGCUCUUUUGUUCUUGUUUCUCUUGAUUAUGACUUGACUGUUCGAACGUAGAUGUUUAUGCAAACCCAUUGGGGGGUUCAUUACCUUGCUACUAUACCACUACCAUGUUUUAUUUUGCAGCACCCUUUUUCAAACCCACGAAUUCACUGCCUAGACUUGCUCAUAUUAUUACCCUACUUACUCAGUCUGUGUUAGUCACUCAUCAGGAAAUUUAUGUUGUCUAAUUUUGAAGGGUUCCCUCCUUCUAGCUAAACUGUAGUUUCCAUUUGUUAUAUAUUUCAGGGUCUUUGUACAGAUUUAUCAACUCAGAUUGCUUCCUCAGCUUCCUGCCAAGACAUGAAGGUACUUUCAAGCAAAGAAGACAUUGGCGUAUUUCGAAACAACAAGCAGAAAAUGACGGUCUCCGUGGGCUUCCAAUUAACAAAAGAAGUUGAUCUACUAGUUUGCACAGUGCUGGAUUUGGUGGUACAAGGAGCUGAGGGGGACUGUAAGUGGGAGUUAUGGUGGCUAUAACGUAGGACUGUAAGCAACUUCUUUAGGUAUAGUUUUAAAAUUUUGGUAGAAUGUCGAACAUGGAACUUGGUUUUUGAAUUGAAGGAAUGUUCACUGAUGGUUUAUAUUGUUGAUUGGGGGUUUAAGUUGUUGAUUUGGUUAUUCAAAGUCAGAAUGGUUUUCUUAGUUAAAUUUGCUAAAUGUUGGUAUUGGAGAAAAUUUCAACAGAUUUGAGGUGUGUAUAAGA